AUGGAGAGCCUCCUUGAAAGAUUCAAGCUUUAUUUUGAUCACCAAUCAUUGAUGAACAGGGAUGAUGCAGUCUACUUGCGGUUGAAGUUUGGCGGCAAUGAUUCUUGAUUGUGAGAGAGAUAUCUUGUAGUAGAUCGAAGUGGAAUCAUCUUUUUCUAAUCUCUCCAACAUCCUUUACUUGUAGGGCGUUGUCCUCCAACGGAUUUCUUCAUUUUGCUCAAGAGAUAAAAUCUGAAAGUCAGUUCAAAUACUUACCAUUUUCCGGAACACGUGGCAACAACCUCUGACCGUUGUGAAUUCAAUAUUUUUCUAUUCUCUGGUCCGUUCGAUUUGAAAUUUGAACUAGAGAUUCUUCUCUCACAGCCGAACAUUCUUUUUCUUGACUUUGUCUUCAGAUUUGUCCACGUGAGCUGGUCAUUUUCUCCACAUAAGCAGUUGGCGUGAUAUCGUCCAGGUUUCUGGUUCGAGACUCAUAAGAGCUCAUUUGAUAUUUCAAAUCAUUUUGUUUUUCUUUUAAUGAUGCACGUGACUAAUAAAUAAUAGCUGGACUUAAAUGGUUGAAUAAUCAUAUGGAUAAAUGAACUAAAAACAUAACCAUCAUUUACCUAUUAAAUAUUUAUUUUCCAACAAAUAUUUAUCCAGAUAUAGUGGUGCUUCACCUAUUCAUCAAUUCACUUAAUCUCAAGGUUAGCCAUAAUGUCACAAGAUAAAUAAUAAAUUUAUUUGCAUGAAAUCUAUGAGGCAUUUAUGAUAAUCUUGUAAAAAGUAUCAAACAUGAAUUAGAUAUUUUCUCAUAUAAUUUUAAUAUCAAAAUCUAUGCCCAAGAGCAUCAACACAUAGAUGUGGCAUAGGAGAUAUGGACAUCUGAACUUUCAGGCCCUUAAACUGCUCUCUACUCAGGAAAUGUUCAAAGGAUUACCAAAGAUGGAGAAAGUUGAUGAAUUAUGUUGGGAUUGUGUAAGUUCAAAGUAGGCCAGAGCAUCAUUUCCAUCCUAAUCCUCAUUCAAAGCCUCAAGAGCUUUUGAAUUGAUAUAUGGUGAUCUAUGUGGGCUUAUAGAUUCAGAAUCACUUGGAGGAAGUAAGUAUUUCUUACUUUUAGUUGAUGAUUUUUCAAGAAUGAUGUGGGUGACAAUGCUGAAAAGGAAAUUAGAAGCUUUUGAUGCUUUCAGAAGAUUCAAGGCCAUGCCCGAGGUUGAGAAGAGUAUGAAAAUUAGAUGUCUAAGGACGGAUUAAGGAGGUGAAUUUAAUUCAAAAGAAUUCAAAAAUUUUUGUACUUUUGAAGGCGCCAAGAAACGACUGACUACUCCCUAUACUCUUCAACAAAAUGAAGUAGUAGAGAGAAGAAAUAGAACCAUAUUAGAUAUGGUAAGAUGUAUGCUUAAGUGUAAGACUCUUCCACAAUUUUUGGGGUGAAGCAGUCAAUAUAGUUGUUUAUCUUUUAGAUAGAGCUCCCAUAAAGAGUCUAGAUGGAAAGACUCCAUAUGAGGCCUGA